CGGAUCCGCGACCGUGACACUGGACCACAUCAAAUCGUAUCGGUCGGUACAAGUUGUCCGGUCGCAGACGUUUCGCCAACACCGCACGCGCACGAUCAGAAGACACGGGCUCGCCGUCCACCUGCACUCGCGGCCACCGAUAACCACUGCGCGCUACCGUUGCACGGACCACGGGCACCGCCGCGCACGACUUACACUCCAGCUCCAGCUCUACCGCUCCGCUGUCGCGCUCCACUGCGAGAUGAUCGCGAACCUCAGACUGUGCCUGCUUGUGGUCGCGGCCGCGCUGGUGGCCGCGCACUGCGCCUUGCCGCCGUCCGCGGCCCAGCGGCCCAACAGAGGAAUGGUCCGGUACACCGACGACCAACACAUACCGGUCCGGCCGAGAGCCGCCGCCGUCACCAAGCCGAAACCGUCGUCCACGAACAAGAACAAGAAACCGAUCGCCCCGUCGCCGGCUACGGAUCCCAAGAAAAGGGCGCCCGUCAAAUCUUCCGCAGCUACCGCCGCCGCAACUGCCACCAAGAAAUCGUCAAAACCAGUUGAUGAUGCGUAUAAAAACGAGUUUGAAGAAUACAUGCGUCAACAAAUUCAACAAUGGCAAAUCGCAGUUGUAAAUGGCCAACAAGUCUCACCACCUGCAGGAUCUCAACCAUCUGGACAACCACCAUCUAGUGUAUGGAUUCAGGUUCCAGCUAACGGUUACUAUCCUCCACCAUCAUAUCCAUAUCCCUCAUACCCCCCGCAACAAUAUCCACCACCCUCUUACCCACCACCGUCAUAUCCACCACCAUCAUAUCCACCACCAUCAUAUCCACCUUCUGCAUACCCACAACCAUCUCCAUAUCCUCAACCAUCGCCGUAUCCACAACCGUCACCAUACCCACAACAACCUUUGUAUCCAGCACAACCAGUACCAAAUCCAACUUCAGAGAAACCUGAAUUAUCUACUUCUGCAACAUCAGAUAUACAACCAGAACCAGAAUCACCUGGAGUAGUAACUCCUCAACCAGAAGUGCCGAGCACUGCACCUCCUCAACCUGAAUAUCCAUCUCCACCAGCACCAGAAACUCCAUCACCACUUGUACCAGAAUAUUCAUCAACAUCAGCGCCAGAGCAAGGAACUCCACCACCAGAAGUUGCUGAACCUGACAUCCCAGAGAUCACACAAGCACCAUACCAGACCACUCUUAAACCUGAAGGUUCUACAGAGUUACCAGAAGUGAUCCCAGCUUAUCCAGACACACAACAACCAGAACAACCAGGUGUGCCAUUGUAUCCCGGUCAACCGGAAGCGGUACCGACAACUGUUCAACCAGAGAUUUCCACUGACCAACCAGGUUACCCAAGCAAACCAAGUUCAGAAACGCCUGGAGAAGAACCAGAAGGCACUACUAGUGUUGGUACUACAUACUCUCCCGAUUCGGAACUCCCGCAACCAACCGGAUCACCGUCGACAGACGCAUUAAAAGCUCAGUGCAAGGAACCACGAGGCCAAUUCCCUAGUGAGAGUUCUUGUAACAAGUUCAUAAACUGUUGGGACGAUACCGCAGUCGAACAAACAUGUCCUGCAGGAUUAGUAUUCAACCCAGAGAAACGUUAUUGUGACUAUCCAGCAAAUGUGGAUUGUGGUUCAAAACCCAUUACAGUGACCGAAAACGGAAAUAAUACUAAAUGUCCAGAUGUCUACGGGACGUAUCGUAGCAAGGAAAACUGCGGAUCCUUCUACGUAUGUGUAGCUGGAUCUCCGGUUGACUUUGUUUGCCCAGGUGGAACGAACUACAACGAUGAUUUGAAAAUCUGUGAUUACCCGUACCGCGUGGACUGCAAAGGAUUACCGAACAAUCCCGAACCAAUAGAAAGCGGUACUGAAGUUGAGCCUAACACUACUUACGCUCCUGAAGUAUCGUCCACUGCUACUUCUGAAGUAUCGCCCACUACACCAUCCAUACCAUUGUCUUCAGCUGAAUCUUCACCUGCAACCGAAAUUGUACCAACACAAUCCACCACUCUUGCACCAAUCGCCGACCCAAUUGCAGUUUACAAUUACAACUUGAGGAAGAUACCACCGAGUUUAGUAAAUACCGGCGUACGCUGUAGCCACAAGAGUAUUUACCGACUUACACCUGACUGUUCUUCGGUGACUCUCUGUCGUAACGGAUUUACUCACAUUCUUAACUGUGGGCACGCUACUAGCUACGAUAUAGUUAGCCAAAAAUGUAUGGCAAGUCAAAGAGCAAACUGUGGAAGAUCAGCCUAGCCAUAUUAGAAGAAUUCAUUCAAAAAUCUACAAAAAAAAAAAAAACACAAAAAUAAACAAGAAUU